AUGGCUUCGAGACCCGAGCUCAAGCUCGACGAUGAGGGCGGCUUCAUCAAAUUCUACAAGUCACUACCGUCUGUCGACGAGAAUACUAUUCGCAUAUUCGACCGUGGCGACUGGUACACGUCGCAUGGCCAGGAUGCCAACUUCAUUGCUAAGACUGUUUACAAGACAACAUCGGUUGUUCGACAACUCGGCCGAAAUGAUCACACUGGACUGCCCUCCGUCUCCAUGACCGUUACCGUCUUCCGCCAAUUCCUCCGCGAGGCCCUGAUGAAGCUGGGCAAGCGAGUCGAGAUAUGGGAGAGCUCCAACGGCCGUAUGAAUUGGAAGUGCGUCAAGAAGGGGUCUCCCGGAAAUUUCCAGGAUGUUGAGGACGAUCUGGGUGGCCAGAUUGAGUCUGCGCCCAUGAUUCUGGCCGUCAAGAUAAUGGCCAAGGCUUCCGAGGCUCGCCAGGUGGGCGUGUGCUUUGCCGACGCCAGCGUGCGCGAGCUGGGAGUCAGCGAGUUCCUCGACAACGACCUGUACUCUAAUUUCGAGGCUUUGCUCAUUCAGCUCGGCGUCCGCGAGUGCAUUGUUCAAAUGGAUAGGGGAGAGGACAAGGACCCGGAGCUGAUCAAGCUGAAGCAGGUCAUCAGCAACUGCGGCGUGGCUAUUGCGGAGCGACCUGUCGGUGAUUUUGGUACCCGCGACAUCGAGCAGGACCUCGCCCGUCUUCUCAAGGACGAGCGGUCCGCCACCCUGCUUCCCCAGACUGAUCUCAAGCUGGCCAUGGGGUCCGCAGCCUCCCUCAUAAAGUACCUGGGCGCGCUGCAGGACCCUUCCAAUUUUGGCCAAUACCAGCUCUAUCAGCACGACCUGGCCCAGUUCAUGAAGCUCGACGCCGCCGCCCUCAAGGCCCUCAACCUCAUGCCAGGCCCCCGCGACGGCUCCAAGACGAUGAGCAUCUACGGCGUGCUCAACCACUGCAAGACGCCCGUUGGCAGCCGCUUGCUGGCCCAGUGGCUCAAGCAACCUCUGAUGAACAAGGCCGAGAUCGAGAAGCGCCAGCAACUUGUCGAGGCCUUCUUCACAGACACAGAACUGCGGCAGACGCUGCAAGAAGAGCACCUCCGGUCUGUCCCCGACCUGUACCGUCUGUCGAAGCGCUUCCAGAGGGGAAAGGCCAACCUCGAGGACGUUGUGCGCGCGUACCAGGUCGUCAUCCGUCUGCCGGGCUUCAUCGGCACCUUUGAGGGAGUCAUGGACGAGGCAUACCGCGACCCACUCGACGAGGCUUACACGUCCAAGCUGCGCGACCUGUCGGACAACCUGGGUAAGCUGCAGGACAUGGUGGAGCAGACGGUGGACCUGGACGCCCUCGACAGGCACGAGUACAUAAUCAAAUCUGAGUACGACCCUAACCUGCGCGUGAUCCGCAAGAAGCUGGACCAACUCAAUCGCGACAUCCGCGCCGAGUUCCACGCAGCCGCGCGCGACCUGGGCCAAGAACCCGACAAGAAGAUCUUUCUCGACAUGAACCACAAGGUGCACGGGGUGUGCAUGCGCCUGACGCGUCAGGAGGCCGGGUGCAUCCGCAACAAGUCGGGGUACCAGGAGUGCUCGACCCAGAAGAACGGCGUCUACUUCACUACGAAGAAAAUGCAGGCAUGCCGCCGUGAGUACGAUCAGCUGUCGCAGAACUACAACCGCACCCAGAGCAGCCUGGUCAAUGAGGUGGUCCAGGUGGCCGCCUCGUACUGCCCCGUAUUCGAGCGUCUGGGCGGCGUCCUCGCCCACCUCGACGUCAUCGUCUCUCUGGCGCAUUGCUCGGCCCAUGCCCCCGACGCCUACGUCCGCCCCAAGAUCCACAACCGCGGCGAAGGCCAGACCAUCCUGCGCGGGUCGCGCCACCCAUGCCUCGAGCUUCAGGACGACGUGCAGUUUAUCACAAAUGACAUUGAGCUGACGCGUGACAAGUCAUCCUUCCUCGUCAUCACCGGUCCCAACAUGGGUGGAAAAUCCACCUACAUCCGCCAAGUGGGUGUCAUCGCCCUUAUGGCCCAGGUCGGUUGCUUCGUGCCCUGCUCCGAGGCCGAGGUGACGCUGUUCGACUCCAUCCUAGCGCGCGUCGGUGCCAGCGACUCCCAGCUCAAGGGCGUGUCGACAUUCAUGGCCGAGAUGCUCGAGACGGCCAACAUUCUGAAAUCAGCCACUUCGGAAUCCCUGAUCAUCAUUGACGAGCUGGGCCGUGGCACCUCGACGUACGACGGCUUCGGUCUCGCCUGGGCCAUAUCCGAGCACAUCAUCGAGGAGAUUCGCUGCUUUGCCAUGUUUGCCACGCAUUUCCACGAGCUCACGGCCCUAGCAGACCAGUACCCCCACGUCCGCAACCUCCACGUCACGGCGCACAUCAGCGGCACUGAUGGGAAGAGCGACGCCGAUACCAAACGGGAGGUGACGCUCCUGUACAAGGUUGAGCCGGGCAUCUGCGACCAGAGUUUCGGCAUCCAUGUCGCAGAGCUGGUACGCUUUCCCGACAAGGUGGUCCGCAUGGCCAAGCGUAAGGCCGACGAGCUAGAAGACUUCACCUCAAAGCACGAGGAUCAAUCCCUCACGCGCUACUCAAAGGGUGACGUCGAGGAUGGGAGUGCCAUGCUCAAAGCUAUCCUGAAGCAGUGGAAGGAAGAGGUUGGUGCUGCAGGCGACAGCAUGUCCAAGUCAGACAAGGUAGCUAGGCUGAAGGAGCUGGUCGGUGCAGAUAAGAACCUGUUGGCCAAUCCAUUUUUCCAAUCUGUCAAGAAUCUGUAG